AUGUCUCUCAUCUCCGACUCUAUGCCGUCUCUCAGCUCCACCGCCAUCAGCUCCGCUGCAAUCAUCUCUGCCGUCAUCAGCUCCAUAGUCGUCUGCUCCGCCGGCACUUGGUUGGCGGUCCUUCAGCUUCGCGGAAUUCUACCAUUUUCUUUGUUAACCGGAGGAGAUCUGGACAUGGUAGCUUCUCAAAUGAUCAAGUUGAACAGUGUUGUUGGUCACCUUCUUCAUUUUUCAACUCUAGUUCCUUACCACGGCUGGUUAGUUUUUGACCUUAUCAAUUGUGCUCGUGUUAGAGUCAUUUGGCAUAUUGAAAGUGAAGGUGGUAAGCUUCUUUUGGAACCGAAUCGUGCUUUGAGACCAGUUGGUUUCUUUGUCUGGUCAGCCACUCCAGUGUACAGGAAGAACGAGGAAGAUCCUGGUAUAUGGAAAGCAAUGUCUGAGCUUACAAAGGCAAUGUGUUGGAAGCUGGUGGCAAUUAAGAAAGAAAAAUUGAACGAGGUUGGUGCUGCCAUUUAUCAAAAGCCAAUAAAUGACUGUUACAACAAAAGACCUCAGAACGAUCCACCUCUCUGCAAAGAUUCCGAUGAUCAAAAUGCAGCCUGGAAUGUUCCACUCGAGGCAUGUAUGCAUAAAGUGACAGAAGAUUUCACAGCGGACCAAGAGAAGUGGAAGACUGUUGUCUCAAAGUCAUACAUCGAUGGCAUGGGGAUAGAUUGGUCUAACGUGAGAAACGUGAUGGACAUGAAAGCAGUCUACCCACGAUUAAAGAAGUGGUGUGGAAGCUCUUCCUAA